GUCAACCGAAUGGUCUCUGCUUCCUCUGGCAGAACAUGUCUCUAUUCAGUUAGGUUACGAACACCGACCCCUGGCUCAUCCCAGCCCUCAGGACCCUCACUCGACCGCCCCUUAUUCCCGCCCUCUGCCCAACAGUCAUCAACCGACUUCAAAACACUCCCUUUUCCCCCGUUGUACGACCUCUGUGACGUGCACGGGCCACAAUCUGACCACCUUUGGAACGCCUCUGUAUGGACAAGUCAGACUGGGGCAACCUGGUGAUCCCCGAAACUUACGAUCAGAUUUGGGUUGGUUUGUACCAGUAAGAGCUACUCGCAAAGUUCAUCUGACAAACAUACAACAACUCCAAGCCAGAAAGUACACGGCAAAAGUCGAUGAGCGCUCUCCAGAGUUCCUCCGUGUCAUGACGACAAUGGACCAAGAUCCCGACCACGAGCCGGCGAUCCGGAGUCUUGGCGGCCUGGAUGUCAUCGAUUCCAAUGGGGACCUCUACCUCUUUGUAGGAGAAGACGUUGAAGAAAAGCCCAAAAACUACUUUGUGUGCUCCAAAGCGCUCGCGAGAGCCUCAACGGUCUUUCGAAAGAUGCUCUACGGCGGUUUCGCUGAAUCGCGACCACAUCAUAUGGAUGGCGUCUCGCGAGAUUGGACUGUGGAACUCCCCGAUGACCGGCAAGAGGCUUUGGAAAUGCUACUCGAUAUUUCGCAUGGGCGGUUUGAAAAGGUUCCCGAACAACUGGAGCUCACACGUCUCUACCAGUUCCUUGUGGUCACUGAAAAAUAUGACGCGACCAGCAUCACGCGGCCAUGGGCCCGGGGAUGGAUGGAGGCUGUCAAGACGAGCAUGCAGAACCCGCUACUUCUGGGUGUUGCCUAUGAACUUGGGGACGCCCAAAUGUUCAAUAACAUGGCGAUGAAGAUUGCUACCGAGUGUUUAGUUGACGACGAUGGAGACUUGGUGUUCGGUUAUAGCGGAUCGAACCGUGAAACUUACUCAUACAAGCUUUGCCACAUAGAAUAUCUUUUCCCGUCUGGCUUUGUUGAUGAUGCUACGACAAUACGCAAGACUCUCCUCACCACCAUGCUGGAACCCUACGCCAGCCUCUACAUGACGCUCAAACACGGAGACCGAUGCAUGUCAUCGCCGCAAGAUCCCACGGGCGGCAAACGGUGUGACAGCAUCCUAUUAGGGUCACUCAUCCGGUCCUUCGCGGCGCAGACAAUCGAUCUCACGGCCCCGGAUCCCGUCGCGGCGUACCGCGGGAGCGCCUCGGCGCUUCAGUCGGUUCUGCUCAAGCUCGAGUUGUUCACUGUCCACUCUGGCUUCUCGCAUCCAUCGUCCACAUCAUUCAGCUUUGGUCAGACGACGCAUCCGCGGUUCGGCUUCACUUUGAGCGCUUGCGAGCAUGUCUUGCAGUCCGGGCUGCGGGAGGGUGUGGAAAGGUCGCUGAUGCUCAGGGGGGAUAUGAGCUUUGUUCAGCCAAAGCACAAGGAAUAUUUGCAAAAGCAGGCGCAAAAGACGGGUUUUUCUAAGUAGC